AUGCGGUCACGCACUGAAUGUCAGCCAGGUCUACUGGCCGUCAAUGAUGGGCCACUGGGAAAGGUCAACUCCUUGCAGCCAUCGCGACCGGAUGAGCCUCUCGCCCAGCUGCGCCGUCGGUAUGAAGAGGAUGGCUAUCUGUUUUUGAAAGGAUUAAUCCCACACGACGAUGUAUUGAAGGCGCGGCACGAAUACUUCGCCAUGUUGCAACCGACUGGAGUCCUCGAAGAAGGCACCCGGCCCGUGGAGGGGAUCUUCAACCCUCUCAAGUCUCCUGAGGAUUUCCCGGGCAUCGGGGCUGGAGGUGCCGAGGACUUUUGCCGUCAUCCGGCACUGACCAGCUUUAUUGCUCGAUUCACUGGAUGGGAUUCGAACUCAUUGGGUCUCCGGCGCUCGCUGCUGAGGAACAAUAUCCCCGGGACGAAACCCAUCGGUGUCCACUACGACCAGAUCUUCCUGCGUCACGGGGAACCGACGAGCGUGACCGCGUGGGUGCCCAUCGGUGAUAUCAAGCUGAUUGGCGGGGGGCUGAUCUACCUGCAAGACGGCGACUCGCUGGGUCAACAGAUUGAAAAUGAUUUCACCCUCAAAGCCAAGGCCGCUGGGUUGAGUGAGCAGGAAGCCAAGGACGCCUUCAACAAUAACAUGAUGGCCACCGGCUUAUUGUCGGAAAAACCGCUUGCAUUUUCUCAAGAAAACCAGCGCGCCUGGCUGGUGGCUGAGUACGAAGCUGGGGAUGUCGUUCUGCACCAGCCACAUACUAUCCAUGCUUCCACCAUCAACAAUGACCCUGACCGGGUCAUUCGUCUGGCUACUGACUUGAGAUUUGUCGAUGCAUCAAAGCCGUAUGAUACACGAUGGAACAAGUUCUAUGAGGUGGGAGAUGGCGUCUAG